AUGACCGACAGGCAGACGACUGAGGAGCAGAUGCAUUCGCAAACGCGCUCUGUUUACGGUAACAACACCUCUAACUUGGAACGCGAGGACAUCGCGAGGUUGCCGGUCGACGCACCGAACGGUCUCGCGCACGAUAAUUCUGAGCGCACUCCCUCUGGAUGUCAACGAGAAUGGCGGGACUUUACCCAGCUCGCACCUGCGCUGUCUCAAAAUCCCAUAAUACGAUGGCCGUCUGUACAGGCGACUACACUAGCGCCAUUUCGUCCUGCUACGAAUGUCAACACUAAUUUGCUUGGCUGGGACGAGCGAUACACAAACCUCUGCGCAAAAACCUUCCUUGCAGCUGAUAGAGCACCGCACAUCGUGCGCGUUAUCGAAGCUGGAGAAGCGCGGGUGACGUACAAGGAAGCCAUCGACGGCUUGGAACAAGGCCUUGCAGUUUUGGUGAAGGGAGGUGCCUCCAAGCUAAAGCAGACAGGCUUAGACGAUGGAGGCGACGACGCGAUGACACCUGAGUUCUGGGGAAGAGAUUAUGCGGAUAGAGGAGGAUUUGGUGUGAAUGUGCACGUACGAAGAGAAUUCCAUGAUGCGCACGUCCGAGAUGUGCAAGCCCAAGAAGAACGAAAGACUGUAGCGGAGGUGGCGGCUCAGCAGGCAGGCAAAAGUGCGCGUAAACGCACGCGGGCCGCCGCAGAUCGUAUCGAAAAGCAGGCCGAGCCCUCGAAGGAGAGGAUACUUAUGAGUCUUCUCGACUUCUACUCGUGGAUAAAGGACCCGGCGGCGAGUCCUCGAUGCGUUCUCGACCUCCCGCCAGGAUUCCCAAGCCAUGACCCGCUCGUCGAUAUGCUAUCGGACGGUCACACAGAAGUCCGCACUCGCUCAUUUCGAUCUACGAUGCGUGGCUACCGUUGUCUUCCUGCAGACAUACUGAAUACGUACGACUGGGCGCUCGUUCACCAGCGAUGCUUUUUGACGAUGGCACACUACGACGCGAAUGGCCUCGGAACAUCGAUACAGGUCAAAGGGAAGGGAUACAAGUUUUGGAUCGUCUUGCGCUUCCCGCAACCGGACGACCCGUCGUUCGUGAAUCUUGUGGAACGAAUGCAGCAUAUGGUAGCGGGGGGCUCCGAGUUCGGGAUGUCACGCGACGACUUCCAAAUCCCUCAUGCGGACUGGGAGAUCCUCCCUGAGCAUGGUGCAAUCAUUGUACUGGAAGAGGGUGACCUGCUGUUGCAACCGCCAGGCAUUCCUCAUGUCGUGUUCACUCCCGUCCAUUGUGCGACAUCCGGAAAGCACUGGUGCUCGUACCACUUGCUCGCGCAGAUGGAGUUCACUCGCGCGUUCGAAACCGUCGCAAACACUCGCGGCACCAAUCACGAUCACAUUCUCAUCCAAGUCAUGCUCGUCUACAUGGCGGCCGCCCUUCCAGCGCGCGUGAGACAAGGUGAUAGCUUUCGCUAUAAGCCAAUGCUUGCGCUGUGUCUCAUGGUGCUAUGGCCGCAUCGCUAUAUCUCGAAAGCUGCAGCGGAACCAGCACAAGUAGCAGAGAACGAGCUAUCGGACGACGGUGCUGUGAUCAAGCGGUUCCUCAGGGGGUACGACAAGUGGAUGGGAAUCGACAUAGACUUUGAGGCUCACUCGGUAUGUGCAAGCAUGAUUAACAGCUUGGCGCCCCGCGCGCCUAAGGAGAACGAGAAAAAAUGGUACGAGCGUAUCAGGGACUACAAUACAGGAGAAGAUAAUUGGUUGUCACCCGGGGAGUACGUGGACUUAUCAUAUCUACUCGAUGAGCGCUCUACAUAG